CCGGGAGGGGGGUGGAAGGCGUUGGGACAGUGUAGGCGGUCCAGCCUGAGGAGGGCGAGGCGAAGAGCGGUUCGGGCCUGCCUGGGGAAGCGGCGCUCUCCUGGCGUCGGGUCCGCGGUCUUCUGUCGCUGCGGCCUCCGUCUCGUUGUGCCCCAGCCCCCCGGGGGUCCUAAGGCCCAGAGGGCCCCAUCCUCGGUCCUGGAGUGGGAAGACACGAAUCCCGACAGCGAGCUCGAGACCAGAUUUCAGAAUUCCAUUUCUCUAUAAUUUUUUCCCCUGAGGAACGGACUUGAGAAUAAUUGCAUUCCUGUCAGGAACGCAGUCGUAAAUGCACUUCCUGUCGCGUAGGAAGUGUGCUAGGUGCUUUGCAUUCCAGAUCUGCAAGUGACCCUCUGCAACAUCCGAUGUGAGAUCUUGAGCAGGUCAUCUAGGCCCCCAGGGCUGAUCUUUGGCUCACUGGGUACAGCUUGGAGGGCCUUUAGCGUGAUGAUGUUACUGGCAGGGUCUUUCCAGUGACCCUCCUCCUGGCUCUCCAGCUUGGAGGCUACAUACUAAACUGCUAUAAAGUAGGUUAAUUUGAUUUAUUUAAUUCAUUUAGGUGUCGUAUCAGGUCCUGAGGGGUGUUAGAGGCAGAGAUUUUAGUGAUUGAUGGUGCCCAGGCAUCUGUCAACUCAGAAUCUGUGAUUGGCUUUGCCACCCCAUCAGUGAAUUAGUAUUUAGUUUCACAAUGUUUGGGGACCUAUUUGAAGAGGAUUCUCCCAGAGUGUCAAAUAAUCAGUAUGAAAAAGGGAAGAAGUUAAAGACUAAAGCUUUGGAGCCAUCUGCCCCUAGAGAAUUCACCAAUUUAAGCGGAAUCAGAAAUCAGGGUGGCACCUGUUACCUCAAUUCUCUUCUUCAGACUCUUCAUUUCACACCUGAAUUCAGAGAAGCGUUAUUUUCUCUCGGUCCAGAAGAGCUUGGUUCUUUAGAGGAUAAGGAUAAACCUGAGGCCAAGGUUCGAAUCAUCCCUUUGCAGUUACAGCGGCUAUUUGCUCAGCUUCUGCUCUUAGACCAGGAAGCUGCAUCCACAGCAGACCUCACUGACAGCUUUGGGUGGACCAGCAAUGAGGAAAUGAGGCAGCAUGACGUUCAGGAGCUGAAUCGAAUUCUCUUCAGCGCUUUGGAAACUUCUUUAGUUGGGACCUCAGGCCAUGACCUCAUCAAGAGCCUGUAUCAUGGAACCGUUGUCAACCAGAUUGUUUGUAAAGACUGCAAGAACAUCAGUGAGAAGCAGGAAGACUUCUUAGAUUUGACGGUAACGGUCAAAAAUGUGUCUGGUUUGGAAGAGGCACUCUGGAACAUGUAUGUAGAAGAGGAAGUUUUUGACUGUGACAACUUAUACCACUGUGGAACUUGUGAUAGGCUGGUUAAAGCAGUGAAGUUGGCCAAAUUACAUAAGCUGCCUCCUUUUCUUACUGUUUCGUUACUAAGAUUUAAUUUUGAUUUUGUGAAGUGUGAACGAUACAAGGAAACUAGCCGUUAUACGUUUCCUCUCCGGAUCAAUCUCAAGCCUUUUUGUGAACAGAGUGAAUUGGAUGACUCAGAAUAUAUAUAUGACCUCUUCUCAGUUAUUAUACACAAAGGUGGCUGCUAUGGAGGACAUUAUCACGUAUAUAUUAAAGAUGUCGAUCAUUUGGGAAACUGGCAAUUUCAAGAGGAAGUAAAUAAACCAGAUGUGCAUUUGAAAGAUCUUCCAAAUGGAGAAGAGAUUGAUGACCCACUGAUGGUUCUACACGCAAUCUUAUCAGAGGAGGAGAGUAAUCUACUUCCUGUUGAUCAGCUGGGCCAGAAGCUCUUGAAAAAGAUAGGUCUGUCUUGGAACAAGAAGUACAGAAAACAGUAUGGACCACUGCGAAAGUUCUUACAGCUCCAUUCUCAGAUAUUUCUACUCAGUUCAGAUGAAAGUACAGUUAGUCUGUCAAAGAAUUGUUCUCUGCAGCCCAAGUCGGAUUUCCAACGGAAUGCUCAUCGAAUUUGCAAGCCACCGACUUCAGAAUCCCCAAGGUUAAAUGAUAGCACAUCCUGCCCCCACUGGUUUGAUAUAAAUGAUUCCAAAGUCCAGCCAAUCAAGGAAAAGGAUAUUGAACAGCAGUUUCAGGGUAAAGAAAGUGCCUAUAUGUUGUUUUAUCGGAAAUCGCUGUUGCAGAGACCCCCUGAAGCUCGAGCUAAUCCAAGAUACAAGGUUCCAUGUCAUUUGUUGAGUGAAAUGGACGCAGCCAACAUUGAACUGCAAACAGAAAGGGCAGAAUGUGAUUCCGCAAACAAUAAUUUUGAAUUGCAUCUCCAUCUGGGCCCUCAUUAUCAUUUCCUGAAUGGGGCUCUGCACCCAGUGGUCUCUCAGACAGAAAGCGUGUGGGACUUGACCUUCGAUAAAAGGAAAACCUUAGGAGAUCUUCGACAAUCAAUAUUUCAGCUCUUAGAAUUUUGGGAAGGAGACAUGGUUCUUAGUGUUGCAAAGCUUGUACCAGCAGGACUCCACAUUUACCAGAAGCUUGAUGGAGAUGAGCUGACACUGUGUGAGAUGGAAAUUGCCAAUGGGGAAGACAUCUUUGUAUGGAAUGGGGUGGAGGUUGGUGGAGUCCAGAUUCAAACUGGUAUUGGCUGUGAACCUCUGCUUUUGAAUAUCCUUCAUCGAGCAGCAAGCAGUGAAGGAGAAAGGUGUCAGCAGUUAAUAGAAUCUGCACAUGUCUUUCCAUCAAAUGCAGAAAUGGGCACUAUCUUCACAGCCUUAUCAAUCCCUGUGGGAGUCAUCUUAAUAAGCAGUGCUGAAUCCACGGGCGAAGAGAGCUGGACUGCUGUUCCCAGAGAGGACGUGAAGAAGACGUUCAGAGAGCAGGGUCUCAGCAACGGAAGCUCAGUUUUAAUUCAGGAUUCUAAUGGUGAUGAUUACAGUGUGCUGACCAAACAAGGGAGAUGGAGCACUGGUUCGAAUGCGACCAACUGGGUCCAAGUUAAAAAUGUAUGCCAAUUAGAGUCUGAAGAGAAGCAAGUGAGAAUAGCAGCAACUAGUAACACAGUGGUGUUUGAUAUUCGAAUUAAAGCCAUAAAGGAAUUAAAAUUAAUGAAGGAACUAGCUGAGAACAGCUGUUUGAGACCUAUUGAUAGAAAUGGGAAGCUUCUUCCUCCUGUGCCAGACAGUUACACUUUGAAGGAAGCAGAAUUGAAGAUGGGAAGCUCAUUAGGGCUGUGUGUUGGAAAAGCACCCACUUCCACUCAGCUGUUCCUGUUUUUCACUGUGGGGAGUGACGUUCAGCCAGGGACAGAGAUGGAGGUCAUAGUGGAAGAAACAGUAUCUGUGAGAGACUGUUUAAAGAUAAUGCUGCAGCAAGCUGGCCUUCCAGGAGACACAUGGCACUUGCGAAAAAUGAAUUGGUGCUACGAAGCUGGGGAGGCUUUACGUGAAGGGGAUGCAACACUGAAAGAGCUUAUGCUGUGUUCUGGAGAUACUUUGGUUUUAAUGGAAGGGACGCUUCCUCCUCCGGGUUUCCUGAAGGUACCCAUCUGGUGGUACCAACCUUGGGACCCCGCAGGACGCCGUGAGAGUCAGCAGGGCCGGGUGAACUCGGCCGCCUCUCAGGAUGGCGCCUGGAGAGCCACAUCCUCCCAAGGUGUUCCCAGUAAUGUGCGCACAGAAGGUACCCUCCGCUACUUGGGCGACGUGGAAAUCUUGGAAGAUGCCACCUUGGUAGAUCUGAAGUGUCAGGCCAUUACCUUGCCCUCUUUCUCGGAGUUUGCCGUUCCGUCCCCAGCCUUCCUCCGAGCCUGGACCAUGGAAAGCAAACGCCCAGGCAGGCUCUUGCGGAGCGACCAGCAACAGCUUAAGGAAUGCAAACUGGGAAGGAGAACUGAGAUCUGUUUGGAGCCUCUUCAGAAAAAAGAGAACUUGGGUCCCCAGGACUUGCUGCUCAGGACCCAGAUGCGCCUCCCUGGCGAGAGGUCCUACUCCCUGCCCGAGGACAUGGUGUGGGACACCGUCAGAAGCUGCACUGCAGCCUCCCUGAGGCAGAAAGUGGCUGACUUCUACUCUCUACCUGUGGAGAAAAUCGAGAUUGCCAAAUACUUUCCUGAAAAGUUUGAGUGGAUUCCCAUCUCAAGCUGGAACCAGCAAAUUGCCAAGAGGAAAAAGAAGAAAAAGCAAGAUAAUUUGCAGGGAGCACCUUAUUACUUGAAAGACGGAGAUACUAUUGGUGUUAAGAAUCUGCUGGUUGAAGAUGAUGAUGAUUUCAGUACAAUCAGAGAUGACAUUGGAAAAGAAAAACAGAGACAACUUGCUCUGGGAAAAAAGAAAAGCCAAGAAGCCCUUCAUGUGCAGAGCAGCGACGUUUUCUCCAGCGUGGAAACGUCAGCCCGGCCCCGGGGACCAGAAGCAUCUCUGUCCAUCCACGUCGGGACUUUCAGAUAGCACUGGCCACAGCCACCAUCCCCCAAGGAUGCACCCAGGUGGCUGCUGAAGUGUCUAUGCCUCAUCUCAGCAGCAGGCAGGGCCCCGGCGGUGGUCUCCACCAGCUGCGGGUUCUGCGCUUCUGAGAGGAUGAACCAGCCGGUUUUUGUGGGCUGACUAGUUGGUUGCCUUGUUUAGACACGGAUUCCAAAUCCUUGGCUUUACGACAAGUAAAGUGACGCUCCUCUCAGGCCAGGCAAAUGCACUUUAUCAAGGAGAGAUGUGGUAUACACACCCACACAACCCUGUACGUCCUGUGCCACGUCUUACAUGUGCCAAUCAGAUAUCCACCUGGCAUCACAUUUUACCCCAGCCGCCCUUUUUUAAGAAAAUGGCUUACUUUUGUAUUAACUGACUACAGGUGUGGAAAAAAUGGCAUGUUGCUAAAAUCUGACAAAUCUUUUGUUUAAAACACAUGUUCAGUCUCUUCUUUCUUCUCUUAUACUGUUUAGAUGGCUCGAUGGUCAUCUGUACUAACAGAGGUUCUGCCGUCUCCUCUCAAGCUGAUGGGUUGGCCAGGCUUCUACUGUAACGUAAGGGUGGUCUGUUUCCUGGACUUCAUCCCACCUCCUCCUCCUCACGCGUCACACGUUCUUCCCUCUGGACUCAGCUAAAGCUGUGGUUCUGAAGUGUUAGCUCUCUUUCCAGAAUGAGGAGACAGACAGGCCAUACCCUGCUGAUGAGAAGGCAGCCUCAGGUGGGCUAAGACGGGAGCCGGCACAAGGUGUCGAUGAUCCUGACCUGGCGGCUGCGGGGUCUGCUCGGGCAGCUGACACGCUCUGUCGUUUCAGGUUGUCCUGGGUGGGCUGAGUUGAGAUUCUUGAGUAUAUCUAGACUAUCUCAUCUAUUAAAGCAACUGAGAAAAAGAAUGUAAACAGAUUUCCUUUCUUCUUGAUUAAAGAUGGCUAACUAUGGAAUUGAAAGGGUCAAAUUGGCCUUUAUGAUAGAUACCACCUGUGACACUAAAUUGACUGAUAGAGGCUGCGGGGAUGAUUGGCCUUCUCAAACGGGGCCUCAGUCUGAAGCAGGACUCCUAAGAAGAUACAACACAUUCUCAACCUUCCUACCACAGGUGAAGUUUUUAGUGGCUCUUGCUGACGACACUUAUAAUCUUGACUUCACACAAUUUCUCAUUAUCACUUUUAUCACUGAUGUUGAGAUAGCACUGAAAUGUUGAGAGAUGGAAAGAAACUGACAAAUACGAGUAAGGGGUCUCAUCCUGUCCCACGGCUUGGCCGAUUAAGUUCAUGCUGUUGGGUGUGUCCUGCUCCAUCAGAGCUUGCCGCCGAGGGCACUGACCCGACUUUCCCUUCUGCCCUUUUUCAGCACCGCCCCACCACUGUUAGAAACGCGCACCUCGUUGGGUAUCUGAGAGGUUGUCGUCUCAUAAACGAUGUGUUCAUUUGUAUUGCGGCAGUUGCUUUGUAAGAACCUGGGCUUUGACCAGCAGGCUGCUUUCAGGUUCUCAGCACUGAAUCAGCCUCAGAAGACGCCUCACACGUGGGUGUGGACCGUGUCUUAGAUGCACAGAGGUUCUCGAUGAUACCAGGACUGAAGCAUACGGUUCACGUUCAAGCUAUUAUUUCUUCUGCUUUAACUAACCUUCUGUAGCGGGCCCUUCGUUUCAUCUCAAGGUGAUAAAGCAUUAAUGUAACAGAAAAAGCUUUGCUUCUGAAAAGGCUCACUGAACAUUUCUAGGAUCCCGAGUCAAACAUGGACGGAUAUGCCUUAAAGCGAAGGCCAGCCGUCCGUGGCUGCCCACGGCAGGGAGCAUUUGCGGGGCCUCUGCUUGCUGACUUGCUUUUCUUGAUUAUUAUUUUUUUUUUUUUUAAUUUGGGGAUGGAAUGGGGCUACAGGGAAAGA